AUGAUAGACUUGAAGGGGGCGGCGGCCGUGCUUACCGAGAAGGAUAAGCCCGCGACCAUGUCCGACGGGAAGCUCGUGCGAGGUGCUGGCGAAUCUGGGGCCCAGUGCGUCAUCAAGGUCGGCGGGGGCGGCUCCAUGCUGUACAGCGUGCCAGAUCCGGUCGAGAUCCCGUGCUUGGCCAUGAGCUUGGAGUCUGGUGAGAGUCUCAUCCAGGCCCUCAAUGACAACGGAGGCAAGUCUGCAGGACAUGCAAGGAUCGUCGGCCUUGAGGUCCACGACAUGCGGGCGUCGCUGCAGCAGUUGAGGCGGCCAGAGGGCUCCGUGUGGGUUGCGCUAAAAGGACUGCGGCUGCGUGGCCUGGAGCGUGCGGGGGGUCUCCGCGACCUCGCAGCAGGACACGCGCGUCCGCGGGGGGCGCCGGUCUACGAGGACUACUUUGAGAGCUUUCGCGCGCGGAAGAGCACAGAUCCCAGCUUGGGCACCAAGACAAGCAAGCUACGACGAAUCGUGGAAUCAGCAUGGUCCCCUCUGAAGCGCGCUGGGAUCGCUGACAACCCAGCGAUGAUGGGCAAGCUUCUGGCCAUCGGGGCUCAGCCAGUCGAGUUCGACAUCAGUCACAUCAGGUUCAGCCCGUCCACCAGCAAGAAGUACACCACUUGCGCGAUGCUGGUCUCAGGCACCGAUGCAAGCCCCCUGGCACAGCAGACACUUGCGAUGAUCGCCCACGAGGCAGUGUACGUCGCCUUGAUGGGACAAUUUACGCGCCUCAUGGACUUCAUGGCGCCAUCUCUGUGGAACUUUCUGAAGUGCGUCAAUGGAGAUUUCUUCGGAUGGGAGGCAGAUGCUUCGAAGGUGCGGAAGCUCUUCACUCCAUGUAGUGGUCGCGUGGGCCCAGAGCCAAAGGAGCAGUGGCAAAAGGAUGAUCCGACUUGGCAGAUCGUGGACGAAAGAAACGCCAUUGGGAUAGUCGUGAGAACACAAGGGCGAUUGCUGUGGCGAGAGCGAUCCGCUGUUCCCGAGGAGAAGCGCCCAGCGAGCGGAGCGGCGGACACUUCGAGCGCACGCGCCGAGAGCAAAGACUCGCACGCCGUGAGGUUGCUUGGUCGAUGGAGCACCAGCAUGUGCUGCUCUCGCUGA